AGAUCCCCCAUGAAAUAAUAUAAUUUAAUCUCAUAAUGACCUAUGUCCGGCAUAAAUUUAUAUAUAUUAAUCGUAAUUCUGAUUGUAUAUGUAAGAUGUGCUGAUAAACAAGGUGACAAGAACCUAAGCCUAGUGGCAUACAGUGACAGUGAAGAGGAAGAAAAUUUUGAAGUAACUGAAACCACAGGGGAAACCAGUGAAUUACCAGACGAUACCAAACCUCAGGAUGCACCGGGAACACCUAAAACCCCCGAACAUGCAGCUGAAAAAGAUGUAAAACAACCAGUUAAACCUUAUGAUAAACCUUUAAGAAAAUGUGAAACAAUUCAAUUCUUUAAAAAAGGUACUGAAGGCAAUUUAGUUUUAAUGACUGGAGCAGAUUAUGUGAAGAUAGUUAAGUAUAGAAAAGAAGAAAAAUAUGAAUUUAAAGUGGAUCUUGAGCUUGUGGUUUGUGAUGGCGUGACGGCUUAUGAACAUAGACCUGGCCGGCCUUACUGUUCAAAACUAAUUCAUAAUAAAAUUGACAACGUUUUAACCAUUAUUCGUGAGGGCUCAAUUUUGCGUAUGACGUUUGAUAGAGGGAAGUGGCGAGCAAGUUCACGCAGUAAACCAGCACAGGUAGAAUUAUUCACUAAAGAUUCAAGGGGAAAUUAUAAGUUAAUAACGAGUCAUCAUUACACUGUGGAAACUAAUGAAACUGGUGGAUCGGCAUAUAUAUUUAUGCCAGGCGUAAAAUGUAGAAAAAUUAUAAUUAAUAAAUUAUUAGUUUGGAAAAAAACUGAUGAAAAAGAGUAUCCAACAAAGUUUUUUGUUACCAUAAGAUUGGACGUCUUUCUAUUUUUCAGAGAAUAUAAACUUUUAUUUAAGAAAAGUGGCCAAAAAUAUAGACAAAUUACCAGACACAAAUAAAUCAUUCAUAACUCAACAUUUGAUUUUAUUCUAUCACAUACACAUAUUUAUACUAGUAACAUGUGUUCCUAAUAAUAUUUGUAUACAUUUGUAUAUUUUCUAUAUUAUUAAUAUACUAAAGGCAUUUAUACUUUAUGAUUUAUUUUU